AUGGCACCGCGCAGGAGACAGUCGCAGCAGAAUAAUGGGGACGGGCAGGUCUACGGUCCACGGUCGGCGCUCACCUCGUUCCUCCGCGAACAAGGCAUCACGGGACCGAACGCAAACAUCAACUAUGCCAACAGGCGCACGGGGCAACUCGCUCAGCCGUCCCCUCCCUCUCCAGCGACUCCCGCGACUGCCUCUGGCUCGACCACCCCGACCACUUCGGUCCAGCUCACCGCCGCAGACGACAGCACGGCUUCGUCGUCCACUGGAGCGUCGAUGCCCGUGACGGUCACUGCCGCAUCGACCGACGCAAACGCCGAAGCAGGGCCCUCCUCUUCUUCGACGGGCAAGAAGCGCAAGUCGACCUCGUCCGCUGCGAGCAAGAAGAAGGCCAAGAAGGACAAGGGCGGAGACGAGGAGGAUGGGUUCACGCUUGCGGGCGCACCGCACGUUGCGCCGAAGAAGGGACGGUACGACGACAGGAUGCCGGGGGCUAUCGCUGUCUGCGCCGAGUGCGGGAAGAAGUUUACCGUCUCCAAGUACACGGCGUCGAACCCGCGCGGACCAGGCCUGCUCUGCUCGCCCUGCACGUCCGAGUCGAUCGAAGAUCGCGCGACGUUCCCUUCGCUCCCGAAGAAACCCAAGCUGGUCAAGAAAAAGUCGCAGAAGGGCGUCGAGGAGACGAUGUACACGCCCGUCCCGGCUCUGCAGCAGGCCUGUCUCUCUAUCAUUGGCUCGUACAUCGACGACGUCGAAGCGCUCGGCGAUAUCGGGCACAAGAACCUCGACCGAGUCGCCAAGAUCGUGUGCAAGAACCGCGCGCUCAACGGCGACAACUUGCGCUUGUUCCUCGAAGUCGGGCACAAGGAGUUGAAGCUGUACGACUGCACGAACGUGAAAGACACGGCUCUCGCCUCCAUCUCGACGUUCUGCCCGCACCUCGAGCGCCUCACGCUCAACUUGUGCGGAAGGCUCGACGACGAUGUCAUCGAUGCGUGGAUGAAGGGCUUCAAGGAGCUGAGGCACUUGACGCUGUAUGCCCCGUACCUCGUCACAAUCAAGAAGUGGAUCGAGUUCCUCUCGACCUGCGGAACGGAUCGUCCCGAGUUCGAGACGUUCCAGCUGCGCAUGUCUUCCCGCUUCAACGACGACUGCCUUGACGCCCUUGUCUCGCACUCGCCGAACCUCACGCACCUCCAGCUCGCCGAGAUCGGCCGCUUCACCUCCUCGUCCCUCUCGAAGCUUCACUCGCUCAAGAACCUCGUCUCGCUCGACAUUGCGCGUCUCGGGACACCGCAAGGUCAGACGCUCGAGGACGACGCUGUCAUCGCGCUACUCGCGAACGUCGGCGGCAACCUCGAGCGCCUCGUGCUGGACGGGAACGAGAAGUUGACCGAAAGAGUACUCACGGAGGGAAUUCGUCCGCACUGCCCGGCGCUGCGCGAGUUGUCGUUGUCGAACUUGCCGGACGUCGAGACGAGCGGUGUCGAGGCGCUCUUCACGCCUCCCUCGCCCGACUCGGACUCUGCCGAGCCGACCGCACCCUUCUCCGCCGCCGGCCUGACCCUCCUCAACCUCCACCGCGUCUCGUUCUUAUCUCCUACCGCCCUCGAACUCAUCCUCACCCACUCGGGCCGCACGCUCAAACACCUCAACCUCCAUUCCUGCGACGACCUCACCUCCGAAGUCCUCACCCACAAACUCGCCACCUCGUGUCCGGAUCUCGAGGUCGUCGAUCUCAGUUUCGUCAGGAGCGUCGAUAACUUUGUCGUCAAGGCUUUGCUCGAUGGAUGUCCGAGGUUGAGGGUGUUGUUCUUGCAUGGCAACAACCGCGUGACGAGUGAUGUGCCGAGGAAGGCCGGCGUCCAGCUUCGUGGUCUCGAGAACGCCGUCCACAGCGAGAGUCCCUCGGGUGUCAUGUGGGCCUAA